AUGAAUGUCUAAUUAAAAAGUAUGGAAAAAGGUAUAAAUAACAGAUGUAAGUUGUUACAUAAAGUUUACACUUAAAAAAAGAAGGCACCAUUAAAUAAUAUGAGCUUCCAAAUUAGAGUAUAAAAUAUGAUAAAGCAUAUUCAAAUUGCUUAAAAUGAGAGAAGUCGCUGCUAAAGUGAAUACGAAAAUAAGUUUCCAUAAAUGUAAAGAUUGAAUCCAAAUUCCAGACCUUAAAACAUAGAACUUAUAAAUUUAAAGUUAAAUACAAUCCGUUCAACUUCAAGAUAAAGCAACUUAAUUAUUGAUGGGACUAAUAAAAUAAAUUAAUAAAAAAAUAAUUCUCAAGCAAGUUUAAAUUCAAAUAUUAGGCUUUCAUCAAGUCCUUUAAGAUUUUAUAAUAAGAAUAAAGCUUCAAUAUAAACAUUAAUUUUAAAAGAUACAAUAGCUUUAAAACUAUAGCAAAUAAAAAUUGAUUAGUAAACAAAAGUGGAAUAAAAUAUAUUCUAAAAUAUAUCUAGUUGGUCAAGAAAGUCUUCUGACAGUUUUAUUUGA